AUUUCCUCACAAAUACUAACAGAAUCGUUUUACGCGUCGUUAAAGAUAACGUAAACGUCUGGACGCCUCUUCUGGCAUCCACUUCCUGCAUCCACAUGGGACUGACUGUCGCUGCGGGUGAGAGGUCAAUUGUUGACUUCCAUAUAUCCAGUAAUAUUAUGCUGCGGCAUCCCAGGACAAUGUGACCCUCCUCGGAUCACCUUCAUUAGCUAGUUGAAGCGCCUCGGAGUGCGAGUGAGCGCACGGUAGGGCCAAAAUACACCCAGGGCGAGCAGACACCGCUCUCCAGCCGCACCAUCUCCAACUCCGGCUGCAGUUUGACGGUAGCGCGGGGAGGUAAGGCGGAUUACUGCGCGUUGAGGGCAUAUAGCUUUUCAUGCUAGCGGCGAUACUGUAACUGUAGCGCUCUGUGCAUCAAAGCUGCGCUGCUAUGAAGGCAUCUCACACCCGCAGUCAUAGCAAGUGAUCAAUCGAGACGCGAAUCGCUUUCGAAAACUAAAGAUCAGGGACUUUUUGUAGUAGUGCAUGACUUUACGCGCUGUCUGCCAGAAGUAAAAGCUGUCUUCAGUUCACUGCGUUCAUCUGCAAGUGUGAAAACAAAGGCGAAGAUAAUGCAUUCUUGCAUGCAGUUGCACAGCAGCGCGUGCCCGCUGGGGUUAGCCAGUUAGCGCGAGCUUGACACAAAAUAAAGUCAUGAUUACAGACGUGCGUUUUAUUUGAAGGUCGAUGUUAAAGCAGACCGUAGGCGAGUAGUUUGUGUGGUUACUCCAGCAUGACAAACUGGCACAUCCUGGCAGGCUGUUUGUAGUUAUUGUGAUGUUUUGACAGCCCCCCUUGUCCCCUGCGGGUGACUCCUCGACCAUGCGACAGUGGUGCCUUCCUGCUGUGGCUCCACGCGCCGAACCGCUCCCUACGGGCCGAUUAUCACCUCAAAUCUCAGAUGUCAGGAUGGAGUGUUGUGAUGGGGAGCCGCGCUACACCAUUGAACAGAUCGACCUGCUCCAGCGCUUAAGGCUGUCGGGGAUGACCAAACCUCAGAUCAUUCAAGCCCUUGAGUCUUUAGACAGGCUCGAUCCGGACCAUCGUACCCCAUGCUGCAACAAUCACUCAACUCAACCCAGCGCCCCUACCUCCGCAGCCCCUGCUGCCCCGUCAUCCUCCUCCUCAUCUUCCUCGUCUCUUACCUCAGCCACCACGCAAACCCCUGUAAUUGAUGCUGCAUUAUCACCCAGUAACAGCUACGAUGCCUCACCUCCACCCCUGUACCCGCCCAGUGGAGUUCAGAGAUCGUUCAGUUACGAUUUGGCAGAGGAGGACUGGGAUCUGGAGGAGAAGGUGGAGGAAUACAUGAGGAGGGACAGCAACCUUGUGAAAGAAGAAAUAAAGGCUUUUCUUAAUAACAGAAGGAUCUCCCAAGCAAUUGUUGGCCAAGUCACAGGUAUUAGUCAGAGCUACAUUUCCCAGUGGCUCCUGCAGCAAGGACUGGAGAUGAGCGACUCUAAACGCAGGGCAUUUUAUCGCUGGUACCUGCUGGAGCGCAACAGCCCAGGAGUCAGAUGGAGUGAAAACCAGCAUGUUCAGGUGCCCAGGAGCAGGACUGACUCUCCCUGGAUCAGGCAGAGAGAAUUGCUGAUGCACCUCCUCCCCUGGUACUCUGCUCACCAGUCUCAGCCAGGCGCUACAUUGUCCAUGCGGUCCCUGGUUAAAGAGGAGCCUGACUGGAGGUUGGCUGGAAGCCCUGCGGACCGGGCAGCGGUUGGACCUUUCAGACUGCGGAGAGGUAGUCGCUUCACCUGGAGAAAAGAGUGCCAGUCAAUCAUGGAGAGUUUCUUUAUCGAGAAUCAGUAUCCCGAUGAGGCCAAAAGAGAGGAAAUUGCCAAUGCCUGUAAUGCUGUCAUUCAAAAGCCUGGAUGCAAACUCUCAGAGUUCGAACGAGUCACUGCGCUCAAAGUGUACAACUGGUUUGCUAAUCGGAGGAAGGAGAUGAAGAGACGUGCCAACAUAGAGGCUGCCAUACUAGAGAGUCAUGGGAUAGAAGUGCCGAGCCCCAGCUGCCACUCCAACAGCGAAGAGGUCGAGACUCAGGAGUUUGGAGAUCAAGUCACGAGUCAGCGCUUCUCUGAGCAGGAGGAUCUCUCUCAGAGAAAAGACAUUGAGCCAGAAGGUGUCAUGCUACCUCCCGUGGAAGUGGUGUCUCUUCCCAGCCCGGCCUGUCAACUAGUGGAGCGAAAGCUGGAUGAAUCGAAAAGGGAGGCUACCGAUGACGAUUAACCAAUGAGUCGAGUCAGGCUGCGUCCAAAAUCGCUUACUUCCAUACUAUAUAGUACGAUAAAAACAGUAUGCGAGCUGAGUAGUAUUCAAAAAACAGUAUGCGAGAAGUAUCUGGAUGACCUAUUACUUUCCAGCGAGAUUAUGAAGUGCGCAUCUAAUGGACGAUAUGGUAUCCCAUGAGGCACCACGAGAGAAUUCAUGAAUAGGAGUUAAGUGACGCAGGUGGGUCACAUGAUAAUGAGAAAUGGCGGAUGUAGCACAUCCAAGUUCCAUUCACACUAAUCACAUUCAUACUGUAUAGAACAAUUUUUUCUAACAGUUGUGUAGUAAAUUGAAAUUCCAGUGUAGUACCUACUGAGUAGUAGGCGAUUUCGGACGCAGCCAUAUUUUUGGUCCAAAGCGGCUUGACGUUUUUUUCACAGCCAAGCCUGACUCUCUGGUGCCUCUAGUGGUAGGGAGGCCACUGUAUCAAUGUAUCUACAAUAAUCACGCUUGUAGUAACGGCAAUAUUUACUCUAUUCAGUAUAUCGUGCAUUCCAAGACAGUCUUAACGCUUCCCCGUAUAAGGGAAAGAUGCGUAAAAGUGCAAACUAGUAACUUUUUUUCUUCUUGCGUAAGCUCUUUUCUUUUAUUUCUCACUAUAACGUCUGUGCAAGCGAGCAGUGUAGAGAAACCUGCAGGACAGGUGUUUAAUUUGACAGAAGGGGUGCGUUGAAUUCAGUUUGAAGGAGCUCAGUAGUCUCGUAAUUGUCAUAUGCAAUAGUUAAAAGACAAGAUGGGAUGGUACACCCCUGAAAGAUACACCAACUCAGGUAGAACUAAACUUGGCAAUUGAACGAGAAGAUCACCAUUGUGGAAAUCAAAGUAUUUCCCACAGUUAAUGGUUCACUGGGAAGAUAUGGGUCCCAUUUCAUCAAGCAUAACAGGCUGUGUACAUAUUGUUUUUCUUUUUUUACUUUCAAAUGCGAUCUGAAAUUAAUAUUCAGAUAAUCAUAGCUCAGUUUUUGUAUACACGACGAUUGUAAGCUCUUUGUAUCCAGCCACUUAAGCUAAUCUCACCCUGACUAGUGUGAGGGGUCUAAAAUGCUUCAAAAGUUUCCCCCCCUUAAGGUGUUAUUUGCUAUAAGCAUCAUUUACUUACCUCUUGAAUAAGGUAAUGCAGUAUGUAAAAUGACAAGUAUAUCAGCAUCUAAUGCAACAAGCUGCUUUUCAUUGGACUAUUGGAUAUCCACUUUUUGAUUUUAUGUGUCUUAACGAAAGCCAAAGCAAGGCAAGUUGUAAAACAGAAGAUUUUACAUGGACUAAAUGUUUGCUUAAGGCACAUCACCGUGCCUCGGUGAGAAGCGCUUUGAGCGUGUAAAGGCUUUAAGCUGCACACACAGUAUGAUUAUUCUGGCCUAUCAGCUCUGUACACAAAAACAGUAUGCAAUGCUGCGCGCUGUCCAGGGCCCUUACUCUGUGCUUUUUCCUAAUGACACAAAAUAAAAUCAAUAAACAAGCAAA